AUGCUUGGAUUCGGUCGCCCUCGCCUCAAACAUAAAAAGUCCGUUAUUGAAUUUAUAACCGGCAAGAGCAUUGACGACCUUGCUACCCUCUCGGACCUGAAAUACCUUCACCUCCAGCUUGGCCUUCCUGAUCUUAUCGAAGACGAUCUAGACGAGGGAGAGCUUGCGGGUCCCAGCUCCGACAACAGCUCUUCCGUCUUUGCCUUUCCGCAGCCACUCCAGACUCUGCACACAACUGCUCGCACGUACCGAAGGAUGCCUGCUUCAAAAGAGAGUGGUGUCGGCGACGACCACCAGAAUGGCACUGUCUUUUCCGUCUCUGGUCCGGUCAUUGUCGCCGAGAACAUGAUUGGGGUUGCCAUGUACGAGCUCUGCAAAGUUGGCCAUGAUGCACUGGUGGGCGAAGUCAUUCGCAUAGAGGCCGACAAGGCCACGAUUCAAGUCUACGAGGAGACUGCUGGUGUCACCGUUGGAGACCCUGUCCUGCGGACUGGCAAACCUUUAUCCGUCGAGCUCGGCCCUGGGCUCAUGGAAACAAUUUACGACGGAAUCCAGAGACCACUGAAGACCAUUGCUGGCGACACGAACAGCAUCUACAUCCCCCGCGGCAUUGCUAUUCCUUCCCUAGACAGAAAGAAAAAAUGGCCCUUCACCCCCACCAUGAAGGAGGGAGAUCACAUCAGCGGUGGCGACGUCUGGGGUAAGGUGGUUGAGAACAGUCUGGUCAACGAACACAGAAUUCUCCUACCCCCAAGAGCCAGAGGCACAAUUAAGAAGAUUGCCCCCAAGGGUGAUUACACCGUCGACGAGCCUCUCCUUACAGUCGAAUUCAAUGGCGAGACCAAAGAGUACCCCAUGAUGCACUCAUGGCCCGUCCGUGUCCCCCGACCAGUCAAUGAACGUCUUCAAGCUGAUUCACCCUUCAUCGUCGGUCAACGAGUCCUCGACGCCCUCUUCCCCUCCGUCCAGGGUGGUACUGUGUGUAUUCCUGGUGCUUUUGGCUGCGGCAAAACCGUCAUUUCGCAGUCCGUCUCCAAAUUCUCCAAUAGCGAUAUCAUCGUCUACGUCGGGUGCGGGGAGCGAGGGAAUGAAAUGGCUGAAGUCCUGAUGGACUUCCCGGAACUUUCCAUCACCAUCGACGGCCGCAAGGAGCCCAUCAUGAAGAGAACAUGUCUGAUCGCCAAUACUUCCAACAUGCCCGUCGCAGCUCGCGAAGCCUCCAUUUAUACAGGAAUCACGGUAGCGGAAUAUUUUCGAGAUCAAGGCAAGGCCGUGGCGAUGAUGGCGGACUCGUCGUCGCGGUGGGCUGAAGCUCUGCGUGAGAUUUCUGGGCGUCUGGGGGAAAUGCCUGCGGAUCAAGGUUUUCCGGCGUAUCUGUCUGCCAAGCUGGCUUCGUUCUAUGAACGAGCAGGUGCAGCGACUGCUUUGGGCUCUCCUGAACGCAACGGGAGCAUUUCCAUCGUCGGCGCCGUCUCACCGCCUGGAGGCGAUUUCUCUGAUCCGGUCACUUCUGCGACCUUGGGUAUAGUGCAAGUCUUUUGGGGGCUUGACAAGAAACUCGCACAGAGGAAACACUUCCCCAGCGUCAAUACCUCUCUUUCCUACAGCAAGUACACCAACAUUCUCGACAAAUUCUACGCCAAAGAUCACCCGGAGUUUCCCCGUCUGCGAGACCGCAUCAAAGAGCUCCUCACCAACUCCGAAGAUCUUGACCAGGUUGUCCAGCUCGUGGGCAAAUCGGCUCUGGGCGACUCCGACAAGAUUAUUCUUGACGUCGCGGCCAUGCUCAAGGACGACUUCCUUCAGCAAAACGGAUACAGUGACUACGAUCAGUUCUGUCCGCUUUGGAAGACGGAGUAUAUGAUGAAGGCGUUCAUGCAGUUCCACGACGAGGCGCAGAAGGCCGUCAGCAGUGGGUUGAGCUGGGCGAAAGUGAGAGAGGCGACGUCGGAGAUUCAGCAUGGCUUGAGGAGCAUGAAGUUUGAACUGCCAGACGAUCAGGAGGAAGUAAGUGGCAAGUACGACAAAUUGUUGCAGCAGAUGAGUGAGAAGUUUGCGAGUGUGAGCGAUGAAUAA